AAAAAAGUUUGGUAGAGCCCGAUUUGUUUUUUUUCCGCCAAUCUCUCUGAUCUUCUUCAGCUACGACCGCCGUCUCCGUUGAACCUCUUCUUCUCAUUUCAUCGACGGGUGAAUCAUCCAAUACCUUCUAAGAUUUCGCGACAGUGGAACUAAGAUGUCAAUAGGAACAUCAACAGAUCUUCGCGUCCAUCCUAGAGUUCUCAGUUUCUCCAGAACCCACAAAUCCGGUUUAAGCAAUCGAAAGGUGUCUUUUUUGAGAGUCGGGUAUGCUCAGAAUAGGAAAUUUAGCUGCAGUGUUUCUUCCAAGACAGAGGAUGUAGCUUCUAGAGAUGAUGGUAGAGGAAAGGAUGGACCUUUGGUUAAGAUGUGCGGUAUCACAUCAGCCAGAGAUGCUGCUAUGGCAGUUGAGGCUGGUGCUGAUCUCAUCGGGAUGAUUAUUUGGCCGAAUUCAAAACGAUCCAUUUCUCUUUCCGUUGCGAAGGAUAUCUCCAAAGUGGCCAGGGAUGGUGGGGCCGAACCUGUUGGUGUUUUUGUUGAUGAUGAUGAGAACACGAUACUUAGAGCAGCUGAUGCCUCAGACAUUGAGCUUGUUCAGCUUCAUGGUAAUGGUUCGCGUGCUGCUUUCUCGGGAUUAGUACGUAAAAGGAGAGUCAUAUAUGUCCUUAAUGCAAAUGAGGAUGGAAAGCUCUUGAAUGAAGUUCCUGAGGAGGAUUGUCAUCUCGCUGAUUGGAUUCUUGUGGAUAGUGCAACGGGUGGGAGUGGUAAAGGAUUUAACUGGGCUCAGUUCAAGUUACCCUCCUCCAUCAGAAGCAGAAAUGGGUGGCUCUUAGCUGGGGGAAUCAAUCCAACAAACGUUUCAGCAGCUCUUUCUAUCCUUCAACCUGAUGGAGUUGAUGUUAGCAGCGGUAUUUGCGGUACAGACGGUAUCGAGAAGGAUAAGUCUAAGAUAAGUUCUUUCAUAACUGCAGUUCGCUCUGUACAGUACUAAUGGCUAGCAAUAAAAGCCAAGGUGAUGCUUUAUCUUGUAACUAUAGUUUCGAGCACCAACCUGUUGUUUCCAUGCCACUAAGUUUUGAAAUUUGAAUUGUAACUGGCUAAGAAAAACAGUUCCCUUUCUUUCAUCAGUAAUAAGAUGUAAUUUAAAGGUG